AUGGCCAAGGAGAUGAGACAAGUAAUCACCUCCUACAUUCUCCCUAUCCUCCUCCUCCUCCUCGCAGUCGAAACUCACGCACACAACGUCACGCUCCUCUUAGCAAACCACCCUUCUUUAUCCUCCUUCAACCAUUACCUAGCCCAAACUCACCUCGCCGACGAAAUCAACCAGAGAAACACCAUAACCGUCUGCGCCGUAGACGACGGCGCCAUGUACGACUUAACCUCAAAAGGCUACACAAUCUCCACUCUCAAAAACAUCCUCUCCCUCCACGUCCUCCUCGAUUACUUCGACGCCAGAAAACUCCACCAGCUCCCCGACGGCUCAGCUCUCGCCGCAACUCUCUUCCAAGCCACCGGAGCUGCUCCGGAAAACACCGGGUUCGUCAAGAUAACGAAUAAGAGAGGCGGCAAUAUCAGGUUCGGUCUCAACGGCGCCGGAGAUGUAUCUUCCUCUUUCAUCAAGUCCAUCGAACAAGUUCCGUACGAUAUCUCUAUUAUCCAGAUCAGUGGAAUCUUACUGUCGGAUACUGUGUCAGCUCCCACUCCAGUUCCGGCGGAGAUGAAUCUGGCUGAAAUAAUGUCGGCUCGUGGUCGUGGAUGA